AAUCAUUAUAAUCACUAAAAAGUAGUUUCACUCAAAAUUGUUGUUUCAUUCUCAUUUCAAAGCAUGAGUAACAAUCAAGCAAAUGGUGUUUAUGGCCACGAGCUGGCUUACCUGCUUAGAGAUAAUAUCAAUAACAAAGUAAAAGGCUUUAAAUCGAUGUGUCGUAAAAUGGUUAGAACAAAUGCGGAAAUCAUGCCAGUUUAUGAAUCGACAAGCCGUCGCAGGAAGUUUCGAACAACAUUAUUAUUGAAAAAGAAAAUAUUUUCUUUUUCAUUUCCUACAAAUUUUGACGUUACAUGUUUUUCGGGAAUAGAUAACAUGUUGUCUAAUCUUAAAAGUUGGGAAGUACAAUGUCGAAAAAGGAGUUCAAAAAUAUGUGAUACGUACUAUGUUCACGCUUCUAUCAAUGGUGGUAGAAAAUUGCGAUCUGUUACGCAAGUUGUGAAUAACUUACUUCCUGAAGGAUAUGCUAAGUUGAAGACAAGAAAAAGGAAAAAAAAGGAUGGUGAGCAUAAUGGUGAAGAAAAUAAUUUUGAAAUUGAGGCUAAUGAAAACAACAUUCCUCAAAUAAGGGUUGAUGAUUUACUUCCUCCUAGUCUUUCUGUACCUAGGAAGAAACGAAAUUACAAAAGGAAGGUUCAAAAAAGAAAUCAUGUUGAAUUGGAGAAGAAUAUUGCUCUGGGAUAUCCUCAAGAGGUUCUUGAUAACAAAGAGAAUAAUGUUGAGGCUGAAAAUGUUGUAUGUCCUUUACAACACGAGGACAAAGAAAACAACAUUGAAGUUGGUAAUAUUUUGUGUCCAGCAGAAAUUAAGGACAAAGUGGACAAUCAUGUAGAUGAAAAUGUUUCUUUUCCAACAACUGAGGAAAAAGAAAACAAUUUUGAAGUAGGAAAUGAUGUGUUUUCUGAAGAGACGAAGAACACAGAGAACAAUUCUGAAGCAGGAAAUGCUUUUUGUCCUCAAAAUAUGGAGGGAAAAGAGAACAAUAUGAAUGUGGGAGAUGUUUCAAUAGAAGCAUUGUUAUAUCCACAAGAAGGCUCUGACAAAGUUUCGCUAAAUUUUUCGGAAGUGCAAGCCAGUGUUCCUAUCAAUGAAGGAGUAUUACCAAACAUGUUGAAAGAUUAUGACGUUUCAAGUGAUUGGGGAAUUAAUAACUAUGAAGUCUUACCUGAGAUUACAGAAGACUUCUCUGAGUAUGAUGAUUUGAUUGCAAGCUUUCUCAACUAAUUUAUAUUUUUUGUUAGAUUUUAAAUAAUCAGCCAUUACAAACUAAUAAUUGUAUUUGGCAUUAUGGAUGUGAUUUCAUCGAUCCUUUUUAAAUUAUCAUUUAUAGUUUUUGAGCAUGAGACAUUUGAUAAUAUAUAAAUUGUUCUAUAGUCUAAGAGGAGAUGCACCUCCACUUUUUUAUUAU